AUGUUUUCGUUGCUUUUUCCCGGCCUACCGGUAGAAUAUUGCCAAGUCGCCUCGAGAGACACGCAACGCCUUGAGUUUCUCCACGAUCUCAUCGUCGGUGAGGUCCUGCUCAGUGAUGAUCUGGUCAAAAUGGUGACAGCCAUCCGUAUACUUCUGAAUAGGAUCCCCGCCUUCGACGGGGUGGCUCUGACCAGACACCAGCGCAGCCAGGUACUGCUUCGAGACGACGUACUUAUGCACCCGGUAGAGCAGACCCUUGAUCAGGCCGAACUGGACAAAGCGGCGGACGUCGAUGUAGCGCAGCACCUCGAGCCCAGCUUCCUGGUGGGCCCAGAGCCACUCGAUGACGGUGCGCCCGGGAACGAACGAGGUCAUGAGCCUGACGAAGUGGAAAUUGCUGAGGCGGCGUCCGCCAUGGGAGACGUACUCGGCGCAUUCGUCGAUCAUGCCGUCGAUGUUUUUCACGAAAUCAUGGAUACCGGGUCGGGGCGCAUAGCAGGCUCCGAAGAAGAACAUGUCGAGGAGCAGAAUGGUGUCGUAGUAGAGGAGGUGGCGGAGCGCUGUUUUGGCCAGGUCCACGGAGACGUGAGCAGCAUGGGCGAUGCGCCGGACGUCAGACACACCGUCGAUAUGGGCAAUUACUUUUUGAAGGGUGAGAUCCCAGGUUGGGUCGACAAUAUCGGAAAAUUUGGUUUUAGAGACUGGGACGUGCCAGCCUUUGACGGGUGGUGGGUUGGGAUACUCAUUCUGCUUUUCCAUCUCAGAAAAGGUCGCAGCAAGCCUCCUUACCACGGGUUCGUAGGCAGCCUGGUCAACAUCUGCCUCGACAAGCAGGCCGAAGUUGAAGAUGAAUUCGUUCCUCAUAUACUUAGUGUGAGGGAUGAGAACGGGGUACCCCAGGAUGGAGUACUUGCCCUCUGGGCAAUUUAUGGUGACAUAGCGAUUGCAGAAGGCCUGGCGAGGGAUGAUGUAUUCAUGAAGGACGUCAAAGUCGACAAGAGGGGCCCUCGCAUUGCUGCUGGCGUUGCCGCCGGAUGUCGCAGAGUCGACCGAUGUGAUGCAGCCCGGAGGAGAUUGAGCGACAAUCUUAGGACCUGGAAGCGAAAUUGUGAGUGUGAUGAAAUGUGA